GAGAUGGAUCAGCUUGGUGUCAGACCAAACAUAAUCACAUUUAAUACAAUUAUCCAUGGAUUAUUAAAUUUCCACGAUUUUAAAGGGGCUGAAAGAUGUCUUGACAUUAUGCAAACCUUUGAGAUAACCCCGGAUGUUAGAACUUUCAAUAUUUUAAUGUCAGGAUACCUAGAUAUUGGAAAUGUGCGAGCUGUAGAAAAGAUUUACAGUAAAAUGCUCAAGUUAAAACUUCAACCAGGCUUAGACACGUAUCACACAUUAAUGCUAACACUUAUUCGGAUGGGAAAACCACAACAAGCUCUCAAUAUUAUGGACUAUAUUAUCAUUCGUCGUUUACAAGUUGUAAGAACUUUCAAUAUUAUCAUUAAUAUGUACAUCAAAAUGAAGGAUUUUUCUAUGGCAAGAGAAACACUUUCUCGGAUGCAUUCGACUGGCCUACAUCCGGACGUGAUAACGUAUAGCACCUUCAUCUCCGGAUACGUAAAUGACCAAAAUCUCGACGAAGCAAUGAGAUAUUUUGACGAAAUGAUAAAGCAAGGGAUUACUCCCAAUUUGUUUGUGUUCAAUAUUCUUUUAAAAGGAUAUUUAAGCGUACAUGGAAUGAAAGGCGCAAAUACAAUAAUCACGCGGAUGAGCGAGCAUAACGUUACUCCCGAUCAGGUUACAUAUAAUAUCCUUAUGCGAUACAUCAAAGAAAGGAAUCACGACUACGACUUUGAAGAGGCAAUGAGGCAAUAUUAUGAGAUGCUCGAUAAGGGAUUUAAACCUUCUAAUCGAACGUUUAAUACCAUCUUAGGCCUGGCAAUGAAGAAAGAUAUAUACGAGAAUAGAUUUAAAUCUCGCCUUAUAAAAUAUAAUAACGAUCAAAUUAAUAGCAAAUCAAAAAGCGCCAUGGAAAUAAUUUUGACAGAAAUGAUGAAGAAUCAUUUUGUUUUAGAUGUUGUUACAUAUGGCAUUUUAAUGAAGAACUUUAUACACUACCAAAAUAUGGAAGGGGCAGAAAAAUUGAUCCAAAUAAUGCAACACAACGCGGUCAAACCAAAUCAAACCACCUUCAAUAUAUUGUUAGAUGGGUACACCAAAAUACCUGAUAUGGAUUUAGCAGAAAUGACGGUCAAAAGAAUGCUCAGUCAAGGGUUUCAUAAGACCAUUCAUGUUUAUCACUCGCUCAUCAACGGUUACGCUAAUUCUGGUAAUACCGAAGCAGCUUACAAAGAAUUUGAAGAAAUGAAACAAGUUGGAAUUACGCCCGAUAAUAUUAGUUACACGUCUUUGAUAAACAUGUUUGCUAACAAUAGACAAGUAAAACGAGCUCAACAAGCAUUUGACUACAUGCAUGCACAGGGAAUUCGCUUAGAUUUGAUUAGCUUUACUGUACUUAUGAAAGCUUAUGCGUCAGUAGGUAAUGUUAGAGGUUGCCGUUCUAUAUUCACCCAGAUGAUUUCAGCAGGUUACGAACCGGAUGGUGCAGUGAUAUUGGUCAUGCUUAAUGCGUAUAAUAAUAGCGAGGAUAUCAGUGGUGCAAUUGGUUAUUUAAAAGAUCCUCUAGUAAUCAGAAAUCUUGACACCUGGCAUUAUAACAUUAUAUUAAAUAUGCUUGCUCGAGAUAGAUUUCUGGCAAGAGAAACAUUCCAAUUGUUCAUGAAAAUGCUGUGUAACAACGACCAACAGUCAGAUUCGUCUUUAAUGACUGAACAAUCUGAUAACGGAAUGAAUGCUUCGAUCUCGCCAUCGACACAAAUGUUUCCACUUCCUGACAUUGAUAGUGUUCACAUAAUGGUGAGUCACUUUAGCCGGAAUCAACAGUGGAGUUACAUAACAAAGGUGUGGAAUGAAUUGUAUAAAAGAGGAAUCUCUCCGCGUUCCGUGGAUUACAUUAUAUUCAUGAGAGCGUUUUCUAAAAUCAAGGAAACGGACAAAAUGGUUGAGGUAUGGGAUAAAUUUAAGACAUUAGAUCCUCCAUCGACACAAAUAACACGAAUGAUGAAUGUGGUCCGGGAUUAUGGUAUUCGUGCUGGGCUAACCGAAAGUAAUGUAUAUAAGGGUUAA